UCCCUUUUGUUAUCUAUGACAUCAUGGGAAUCGAUCCAAAUAAAUCUGGGCCAAGUCCUGAUGACUUCAUAAGUGCGAUGAAAGGCCAUAUGAAAGAUGGAUACACGUUCAAUCCAAUCAAACCUCUUAGUGAUAAAUCUCCAGAUUACAAUAAGGAUCCCAGUGUGAACGACACGGCCCACUGUCUUGUCUACGUCAUGGCAGCAGAUCAGCUGAGCAUUAUGGAAGAUCUUGUUCUGAACGUUCUGAAAGAAAUCAGAUCAAAAGUCUCUGACAUUGGUAUUCCCCAGGUUAUGCUGUUAACUAAGGUGGAUAUAGCUUGUCCAUUGGUGGGAAAUGAUCUCCAGAAGGUGUACAGGAGCAGAUACAUCAAAGCAGAGAUAGAAAAGGCUAGUCAGAUAUUGGGCAUUCCUAUAAACUACAUUCUUCCCGUGAAGAACUACUGUGUGAAAACCAGCCUGAAUGAUGACACUGAUGUCCUGGCCCUGACAGCACUGCUGCAGAUACUCAGAUUUACAAACUGCCACUUAGAAAACACGGAUCAAAAGAAAUUUAAGAAAUAGUAGUAAAGUAUUAAUAACUAUGUAUUGAAUUUUAAAAUUUCACUAAGAGAUAUCUGAACAGCUUAAUUAACUCAAUUUAGUUUCUUGUUUUUUUCUGAUAUUCUCAUAUAUCAAUUAGACAUUUGACAAUGCAAGCUAAAAAUGUCUCUAUAUGAGAAUAUGAAUAAAAAUAAGAAUUAAAACCACCUAAUGCUAAUUAGAAUUAAAUCUUGUAUUAGGUUCUGCUAUAUUGCAAGAUAUAAAGUAGCAGAUACUGUAUAUCACUAAUCAAGCAGCCCACUGAAGCUCAGCAGGUGUGAGCCUGGCCAGUACCUGGCUAGUACCUGGAUGCUCAGUAGAGAGCACUGUCCUGCAGUCUCUGUGGGUCCUAAUACAGUGAUGUGCACAAUGUUUUCUACUAUAAUGUAGAAAGGCACUAUCAUUCAUAUGAGAUGUAAAACUGAGGUCCUGACCAAAUUUCCCCCUGGCCUUUACAAUUCAUGGCCUCCUAAUAACCCCCAUCUCUGAACUGGCUUCAUCACUCUGCUCUCCUCCCCACUGAGAGCUGAUGUGUGGUGAGCCUACUAGCAGCCUCUCACUGUAUUAAUUACUGCAUAUAAUGUAAAAGCAAUUAUGUUAUUCACACACUAAAG